AUGUCUCCAGUGAAAAUCAAUGAAAAUAUUCGCCAAUUCUUUAAAACGAUACUACCGAUUUCGACAUCAGCAUCUACCCCUCUUUCUGAAAGUCACAGCAACAGUCGGACCUCAUCUGGAUGCUCACUUUCUACAAACCUUCAGCCAGCAAACCCGAUGACAGACGAUUCUAUGGAGGCCACAUCUUCCCAACAAUCCUCGUCUUCUUUAUCAAAACCACCGACGAACUUCCCGCAAUCCUCCUCAAACAUUUCAAAUGGCGUUGUACCAGGUUCCGACGAGGAAGAUGAUAGCGCGUUCUCCGAUAGUUCUUUGGAAGACCUUAACGUCAUAUUCAAAACAAAUCGCCGAGCGCCAGCUACCACUUCUUCCUCCACACCAGCUCCGGUAACCUCUAGAGCUUCCAUGUCCAGAAAACUUCCCGUAACGACUAAUAAGCUUUCUCCUUCGGCCGUCAGAACACAACAUAAAUUCGACAUGAAAUAUCUUAUGGGAACUGCAGCGGCUGAUGAAGCGCUUGAGGCGAAAGAAAGAAGGCUAGAGGAAUUAGCACAGGAGGAUACUGAGAUGGGAGAUGAUGAUCCCGGCGCGUUCUCGGAUGGCGUACAUGGCAAUAUUCUACGAGAGCUGAACGAGGAGAAGGAAGAAGGUGAUGGGAAAGAUGUUCAGAAAGUUAUGAAUGCUAUUGAGAGAACAGAAGCUAUGAACGUGGGCAGUCGGUGGUACUUUUUUGAGACCGACAGAAUUCCUACAGUCAAGAGACAACCAUUUCCAAAAGCUUUACUGCCGAUAAACUGGAAGAAUGAUCUUGCCGAACCUCAAAACAGACAUCAAACAUUUGUAUCUGGAUUUGCAGAAAAUAUGGUGGCUUAUGGAAAGAUAUUACCCGAUGAGAUCAUUCAAUGGAUUCUGGAUGAUAUUUGCAUGGAAGACCAGGCCGAUCUUCGAAAUUCCUACUCCUCGAUUAUGAGAGUAUCCGGCGAACAGGUUCAUCGACUUGUCACUCCAGAAAUUAUUAGGAACAUGUUCAAAUCUAUUGGCGCUACAUCAUCAGCUAUUACUCUUACUGACAAGAUAAACCCACGUCCAGAGAUAUCCGAUGCAUAUUCACACCAUCCGUGGUCUAAAGUUCGAGCUUUAAUCGAUCUCAUAAAUUUAAUAGCCAAGUAUCUCCAACAAGAAACCAGGCUAGAAAUUAUAUGUAUACUUUUAAGGCUAGGAAUCGAUCCGAUCCUACUGGAAAGAGUAGAUCUCUUUUCAUCAGUCCAAUCAACCCUCCACAACCUAUGUCUCUUCAUUGACCCAGACUCUUGGGAACAAUCCUCCCAAGCAAUCUGCGCCACCCUCUUCAACACUAUCGAGCUCCCCUCCCUCCGCCUCCGCAUAAUCAACGCCAUACCCCCCAUCCGCUCCUCCCGCCUCCACGAACUGCGUCGCCGCCUAGCCCUAACAUUCUACUUUUCCUCCCUAUCCAAAUCACUUCAGCCACCCCAAAAAAUAAUCACCAUCCCCUCCUUGACCCAGCGUCUCAAAGAACCCGCCUUCCACGUAAACCGCAAUACCGAUUAUCACGAGCUCGCCUCCCUAAUCCUACUCCUAGACGUUGCAAUCGACGAUGGACGAUCCGAUGAUUUAGAUCUUUCGGAUAAAAAUGUGGAGAUACAGUUUAAUAACGAUGUCGAUGAAUUAACGAAUAGAUUUGCUAAUUUUGGUAUCAAAAUCUCGGGUGCAGCGAACAUCUCGAGGAUGGAAGCUGGGGGGAUCUUGAAUUUGGUGGAGAGGAGGAUCGAACAUACCGUUCGGACUCGAUCGAAACCGAAAAGUAUGUUUUACGAAGAGACUAAGAAAUUUUAUGAUAAUCGAGAGCAUCUAGGGGACAUGCAAAAGAGCAUGUCCAAGUUUGUGAAGAAAGCCAAGUAG